AUGAAGGGAGCAGUCAUCUCACUGUUGGUUGUGAUAGCCAUGGUUCAAUUCAUGGUGAAGCCAGGGGAGGCCGUCACUUGUGCUGAUGUGAACUCAGACUUGGCCCCCUGCGUUAGCUUCCUUACUGGAAAGGGAGGUGGCGUUCCUACGCCGCUAUGUUGUUCCGGGGUGUCCAAAUUGAAGGACAGCGCUCCAACCGUUGCUGAUAAGCGUGCUGCAUGUGAUUGUGUCAAGCAAGCUGCCACUCGCAUCCCAGAUAUAAAGGAGGAUGCUGCCUCCUCUCUCCCUACAAAGUGCAACGUUCAACUGGAUAUUCCCAUCUCCAAGAACUUCAACUGCGCAGAUAAGGCCACCAUAAAUUCAUACCAGAAACCGUGUAGUGGAGAAGGAAAUGUGAUCCGAAAGCAGAACCACUUGCACUUCAGGUGGACAAAGUGA